AUGCCCGACCUGAUAUCGCGACUGAAGGCGAAACUGUUUGGACGAUUAUCUCCAAAAGCGGAUACGGAUCCGAGUGUCCACCCAACUGCCACCUCCAAAUCCCCGGAUAGCAUCGUUUCUGCAGCCAACCCUGACACCCUUCCUUUGGCAUCUGCAUCUGCUUCUGCUUCAUCGGCUUCGGCUCCAGUUUCCCCUUCGGCACCCCCUUCGGAACAUCUUCAUCGCGAGGGCACCCGUGACUGCACGCCGUCGCUGACCGAGCCGUAUAAUUCUUCCCUACCUACACCUUUAACCGGCGACCCCCCAUCUCCCCUUGCAACCCCUCCACUGCCGACGCAGCAUUCCGACAACACCUCCUUUCAGUCCACGAGCCAGAAGGCCGCGAUCCCGCCCGGGCCCCAAUUGACCCCAACCCUCAACACCGUGAUCGAGUGGCCCACGAAUGGUCAACCCUCUGCUCCCUACUUUACGCCCUCGCAGAGCAAACGCCCGAGCCUUGCGAUCCGUCGUCAGUCUCUUCUCCCGGCGACCCACCAGCACUUGAUCAGUGGGCUACUAGAAUCGAACCUCUUCCCCAAAGGCGAUCAAGGCAGUGGUUUGAUCCCCACCGUUCCUCGCGAGAUGGUACAACGUCGGAUCUGGGUCAAGCGACCCGGUGGUUCGGCCACCUUGGUGCCGUGCAUGGAGGACGCAGUGGUCGAUGAGCUGCGCGACCAGGUCAUCAUGAAAUAUGUCAACUCACUGGGCAGAAGCUUCGACUCGCCAGACAUCGUAAUCCGAAUUGCGCCCCGAGAGGGUUCAAAUCGGCAAACCCACCCGGAACGUCUUUUGAGUCCCGAGGAAGUGUUGGCUUCCAUCCUCGACGCGUACUAUCCCGGUGGACAGAGAAUCGAGGAGGCAUUGAUGAUCGAUGCGCCGAGCCGCCGGACUCCGAAGCCAUCACCACGUCACGCGGUAUAUUCGCAUCAUCAUUCGGAACCCGGCGAGCAUGGCGAUUACUUCCCUCUGAUGCCGCCAAAUCCCAACGUCGGAACACCCUCUUCACACCCGACAGGUGCGCCGGCCACAUGCGCACCCUCAAUUUCCAUCCUCAGCACAGGCUCUGCUCCGCAGUUGCCAUCGCCAGGGAAUCGCAGGGUUCGCCAUCCCCAGCGCCCACCGCUGACCAGGCACAAAACCAACUCACCCUCAAUCCACUCACAAAGUGCGAGCUUGAUAGAAAAUCCGCCUCAUUCCCAGCCUCACUCUACGGUCUCCGUUCCUGCAGUGCCGACGCCCCCAGCACCGCCGGUGGCCGAGUCCCCUCAGGCCAAAGCCAAGACGAACACUCCUCCCGCCGUUUCCUCGCCGCGAUCUACUCGAAAAUCAAAGGCGGCCACUUCCCCAUCUGCCGUGUUUGGAGGUUUGAUUGAUGGCACAGUUCCACCAAUCAAUGUCCUCAUCGUGGAAGAUAACAUCAUCAAUCAGAAGCUUUUGGAGGCCUUCAUGAAGAGGCUCAAAGUUCGCUGGAAGUGUGCAGCGAACGGUGAAGAAGCAGUGCGUAAAUGGAGACAGGGCGGGUUCCAUCUGGUCCUGAUGGAUAUCCAACUGCCUGUCAUGAACGGAUUGGAUGCAACCAAAGAGAUUCGACGUCUCGAACGGCUGAAUGGAAUUGGUGUCUUCCCUAAGACAGCUUCAGGACGUUUCAGUGCAUCCAAUGCAUCCGCAGCAGACAGAAGGCCCGGUCUCCAACGUACCAUCAGCGUACAGGAUACUCUGCCCGAUCUCUCAUUAUUCCGCAGUCCAGUCAUCAUUGUCGCUUUGACAGCCAGCAGUUUACAAAGUGAUCGACACGAGGCAUUGGCCGCUGGCUGUAACGAUUUCCUCACCAAGCCUAUUGGAUUUCCCUGGUUGGAACAAAAAGUGACAGAAUGGGGCUGCAUGCAAGCGCUAAUUGACUUCGAAGGCUGGCGCAAGUGGCGCGGGUUCCAGGAUUCCCCUGCCCCCUCCUCCCCAGCUAUUGAUUCAGCAGCCAGCCCCAUGCAGGGUGGUCAUUUGAAAGAGAUCCCGCAAGAAGAUCCUCCCUCGCCUUCUAGCUCUCGCCCAGCCCCACCCCCAACCGAAAUCCCAGCCAGACCCCGCUUUGCAGACAAUGCUAUCCUGCAGCAGGACUCGUGGGAAAGCGGCAGUCCUGAUAGCCUCGAUUCACCCUCGAGCCCACAGUUGGACACGCCGACUGAUCCUACGCCCGCGAGCGAGGCCAAAGAUGGUCCCGAAUGA